GAUAUUUGUUUAUAGUGGAGCUCUCAUAAGUUUGAGCCGUCUGACAGCGUCACAUUCGGAGGAGCUGUAAACUGAACUUCGUGAUCAUGUGGAUCUCAGCUGCUUUCGCUCGGAGUUAACGCUCACAUAUCUGGGAAGAUGUGGUUAGCAAACUUCAAAAACCAGCCGAUAAAUUACUACAGAGAAAACACACCAAGGGACGAAUAUCAGAAUACGUGACAGGGUAUUGUUUGAGGAUGGAGCGGAGCGCAUCGGAGCGGACCGCGCUGCGGCGGUUCGGGGACAGUGGCAUGAUGCUUCUGCCCUGGACUAAACAGAUCCUGACGGUGGUGUGGGAACAGCUGCGACUGCUGGUCCAGGUCAUCUGCUGCACUUUGAUGACGGUUUUCCAGAUGUUCAGGUUUGAAGUCCAUCUGAGAAUCACAGACGAGACAGGGCAACACAUUCAGCACAUGACAAGCGGGUCAGGAGACCCUUCUGACGGUUUCCUGCUCUCAUCCUUGUUUGAAAACAACAAAAACAUAGUGGUUGGGGGUUCCAAUCCGCUUUCAAAAUUCGGCAGAGACCCAUUCGACGUGAGCUCCCACUCCAGAGCUGUUCUGUCCAGUCUGGUCAGCGAUGAACUCUGUUGCUCUUUGGUGGACGACCUCGUGUCCCAUGCAACAGAGUGUCUCAAUGACACCGAAGAUCUCUAUAUUGGAGAUCACUCCAUGUGGAAACACGGAUAUGACUGGACUGUUUUAGGAGGUUCCGAGAGGAAAUGCGGAGAGAGCACCUGCACUUUUACAGCACAUGUGUCAGGGUUUUCCACAAAGGAGUUUGUAAAGCAUGAAAAGCCUAUCAGUGAUCCUGACUUAUCUAGUUCAUCUACGGAGGAUGUUCCAGCUCCAUGUCAAGUACAGUCAGUCAGUCAUCUGUCAGACAGCGAGUUCAGCUGGGGUAGCACAGACAGCUCUUGUUUUGAAGGAGAACGAGAGGAGAGUGACAAACUCUGGGAACUUCUGACCAGCUCGACGGAUCCAUAUCACCCGCUGCACUUCACGGCAUGUUUAUCCAGUGCAGUUGCUGAAAAGAGCAAAACGCAGGUGGUUUCAAAGCCUGAAAGUCCGACAUCACAAUCCACUGCGUCUACAGGCUCAGAAUCUUCCAAACCAGGAUCUUCUGAAGAUGAAGAAGAAGAGGCCUUAUGGAGAUCCCUCUCUCAGAAUGAUGACCCAUAUCACCCGUUGAAUUUCAGAGCCCCUCUUCAAAGCUCAUUAGCUACACCAAUACCUUCCAAACAUGAAAGUAAAACGAGACACUUUAAAUCUUCAAGGCGCUCAAAGCCACUUUUACCGCCAAGCAAAGUUCCUCGCCAUUGUUGCCGAAAAUUACCCUUUGAGACAUUAUCGGUGGUGCCAUGGAGAAGAUGUGUUGGUCUGACAGCUGUUCAGGACAACCAGAGGAAAUGUCCCACUGUUAAGAAGGUGAAAUUUUCUCCCAUCGUACAAGUUCACAAGAUGCACACUUGGUCCUUUGCUCUCCAAGCAUCACGUAAGGGACCAUGGGAGGAGCUUGCGAGGGACAGAGACCGAUUCCGAAAGAGAAUCAGUGAAACUGAGAAGGCCAUUGGCUACUGUUUUAGUUUAUCACACAGGGAAAAGCUGUGGGCCUAUAAGGACAGCGUACAGAAGAAAUAACCAGCCCUUGAUCUGCAAAAAAUUGCUUCUGAUUGUAAUUAUUGAUCUUAUAGUUCCCAGGCCAGCCUCUAGACUGUUAUAUUGACUUAAAUUGACAAUUAUACCUCACUGCUGUGUCCCAACACACAUUGUACCUUGACUACUACUAAAUGUUAAUCAUUUUUUUGCUAUGCCUUACAGACUUUUCAGUGUGUCUGAUCACACAUAUUUAUUUUAACAGAAAUUGUGGAUAUGUUGGAGUUGUAGACUAGUGUUGUUUUAUUUAAAGGGAUAGUUCACCCAAAAAUGAAAAUUCUGCCAUCAUUUACUCACCUUCAUGUCAUUCCAAACCCAUAUGACUUUCUUUAUUCUAAAAUGUUAAAUUUUGAAUAUAAAUG